AGGCCAGCUCCAAUCGUCCAUCAUCGGCGGGGAGGAAGCAGAACCUCACUCCAGACCCUACAUGGUGUCCGUCCAGUUCGGAGACAUGCACAGAUGUGGGGGAGCCCUGAUCCAUGUGCGCUGGGUGCUGACGGCUGCGCAUUGCUACCCCCCGAGCGAACUUCCCAUCUGGGUGGUGGCGGGUCUCCAGCAGCAGCCCAGGGACAAUGGCACAGAGCAGCGCUUCUCUGUCGUGAAGUCUGUCCUGCACCCUUCCUACGACCGCACGACCAUGGCAAACGACAUCAUGCUGCUUAAGGUGGCCGGCUGGGGGGUUUCAGAGCAGGGAGGCAAGCCUUCCCCUGUCCUGCGAGAGCUGGACGUCCGGGUGAUGGACGCGCGGAUGUCUACACACCUCACCCUCACUCCGCCCCUUCUGCUGAUCCGCAGCUGGGACUGUGUGGGGAGGGUGGCCCAUGUUGGCUGUUGUGCACCCACUGUGUUUUUUUUUUUCCUGUGGGUGCUACAGCCCCCGAGCACCUAUCAGUUCAGUCCCUUGGCUGAUGGAUGCCCCAGGGAUUUGGCCAUGGAUCCCCUCUGGGAAUGGUGCCCAAUUUUCCAUCCCAUUAUGAUUGGAUCCUUUUUUGCAGGCAAGGGUAAGAGCUUGCGGUGCAGGGAGCUCCUGGCCAGGGCUUCCUCGGUCCAGGGAAUGGGCCGGGGAGAUUUGCUCCUAGGUCAGAGCCAAGCUCCGCGGGGUGUGUGGGUGGGACCCCCGCCCCACUUUGCCCCCGCGCUGUGGAGAGAGGACUCCGUCUCCAGGGCAGACAGACCCUUUCACCCGCACAGAAAUGGACCCAGCUUGCUGGGUGAUUCGGGGGGCCCGGUGGUGUGUGGCAAGAAAGCGAAGGUGGCCGGCGUGCUCUCCUUCGGGCCCACGCUCUGCGUCGACAUCUUCAAACCGCCCGUCGCCACGGCCGUCUAUAAAUACAGGAUGUGGAUUCGAAAAGUCCUGUUUCGGCCAUAGGGCUAUUUCUGCCACGUCACCUGUAAGCUCCCCCCACGUGGCCUCUUCUGCUGCCCCCAGGCCAUGCAGGGCCUGCCCGGGGCUAGCAAAUAAGCGCCCCCAGCCACA